AGUUCAAAUAUAUCGGUAUCAGUAUUUUUGGAUAAGAAAUGGUGUGGAUGGAUGGGGAACUGAGCUUGGAGAAUGUAGGUCGUUAUGAGGGAUACUUGAGUUUUCAUAACCGAUUGGUUUAGCUGAAACAAGAACAAUGAAUAUCUUUGUUGUAACAUCGAAUUACAGAUUUUCUGAAUAUCUUUACCCUUUGCUUCAUGAGAUUAUUCUACUCCUGUUAAAUGCCUAGGACACCUGACAAGUGACAAUCACAGGGUAAUGGCCCUCUCUAAUCUGCCCGCCAUCACCUUCCUCAACCAAAGGAUCUUAAAUGUUUUGUUUUUGGGAUGUUUUGUAGCCACUGGAUACAGCUUCGUUGAGGAUGCAGACUAGUGCAUUUGGAAAAUCUAAAAGCCUUUGGAAAACGCUUACAGAAGGCAGCUUGAGCGAAGCAUUUGAUGGUCUCGGAAUUUCUCUUUUAUUGACAUCCAACCCUGCCAUUCAGUACACAGUUUUCGAUCAGCUCAAGCAACGGCUCCUGAAAGAUCAACAAACUUCAAAGGGGAAGGAUUCAUCACCAGUAGUCCUUUCUGCAUUUUCCGCAUUUUUAUUAGGCGCACUCUCAAAGACCAUUGCUACAAUUAUUACUUUUCCGGCUAUCAGGUGCAAAGUCAUGAUUCAAGUUGCGGACACAAGUGAUGAUGGGGAGAAGAAACCCAAGCGCAAACCACCUAAAACACUUCUAGGUGUUGCUUGUGCUAUCCUUAGAAAAGAAGGGAUUCUCGGUUUCUUUAAGGGAAUAGAAGCGCAAAUCUUGAAGACGGUGCUAAGUUCUGCGCUGCUCUUGAUGAUAAAGGAAAAGAUCUCUGCAUCAACCUGGGUCCUCGUUCUUGGACUCAGUAGGCUUCUCGUCGUCAACCAGAGAAGAUUAAAGAACUCAUAGCUGUAAUGCCCCGCAAGAACUCAGCAAGUAAUGGAUUCUGCGAGUUCUGAGAGAGCCAAGUUCCAUUGCUGCUUCUGGGUUUUUCGUGUUCCCGGUGACAGAAGCUAAGGCACCUCUUAUUGGAUAAUAUCUAUUAUAGCCACAAGAGGUAGGAAGUGAAAGUUGAAGUAAAUGGAAUAAGCAAAGGAUAUUCAUUAUUUGUUUAUUGAAUAAGAUGUAGUGAGAUAUUGAUAUGCGGUUGGAGAAACGCAGCCAAAAAUAGUUGCCAAUGUUGCUUAGAAGUUGUUUUGAGUUUAAAGUAUAAAUGUUGGUAGAGGACUGUAUUUUACUGCAGAUAGUAAUUGCUGUUCUUCAGCAUGAACAGAAAUAAAUUAUUAUUAUUAUUAUUAUGGACUGCA